UGUGUAGAGACUGAUAUCCCUCUGAAAACAAGGAAGACAUCUGAAGAUCAAGCUGCCAUACUACCAGGAAAAUUAGAGCUCUGUUCAGAUGACCAAGGGAAUUUAUCACCAUCCCGGGAGACUUCAAUAGAUGAUGGCCUUGGAUCUCAGUAUCCGUCAAAGAAAGAUUUAUCUGGUGACCAAUUUCUUUCAGUUCCUUCACCUUUUACCUGGAGUAAACCUAAGCCUGGCCACACCCCUAUAUUUCGACUGGCCUUUACCAACUCAUUUUGGACAAUGUGAACUGAAAAUAGAAGUGCAACCUAAAACUCAUCAUCGAGCCCAUUAUGAAACCGAAGGGAGCCGAGGGGCAGUAAAAGCAUCUACUGGGGGACACCCUGUUGUGAAGCUCCUGGGCUAUAGUGAAAAACCGAUAAAUCUGCAGAUGUUUAUUGGUACAGCAGAUGACCGAUAUUUACGACCUCAUGCAUUUUACCAGGUGCAUCGAAUCACUGGGAAGACUGUUGCUACUGCAAGUCAAGAGAUAAUAAUUGCUAGCACAAAAGUUCUGGAAAUUCCACUUCUUCCUGAAAAUAAUAUGUCAGCCAGUAUUGACUGUGCAGGUAUCUUGAAACUCCGCAAUUCGGAUAUAGAACUUCGAAAAGGAGAGACUGAUAUUGGCAGAAAGAAUACUAGAGUACGACUUGUGUUUCGUGUACACAUCCCACAGCCCAAUGGAAAAGUCCUUUCUCUGCAGACAGCUUCUAUACCUGUUGAAUGCUCCCAGCGGUCUGCUCAAGAACUUCCUCAUAUUGAGAAGUACAGUAUCAACAGUUGUUCUGUAAAUGGAGGUCAUGAAAUGAUUGUGACUGGAUCUAAUUUUCUUCCAGAAUCCAAAAUCAUUUUUCUUGAAAAAGGACAAGAUGGACGACCUCAAUGGGAGGUAGAAGGGAAAAUAAUCAGAGAAAAAUGUCAAGGGGCUCACAUUGUCCUUGAAGUUCCUGCAUAUCAUAACCCAACAGUUACAGCUGCAGUGCAGGUGCACUUUUAUCUUUGCAAUGGCAAGAGGAAAAAAAGCCAGUCUCAACGUUUCACUUACACACCAGUUUUGAUGAAACAAGAACACAGAGAAGAGAUUGACUUGUCUUCAGUUCCAUCUUUGCCAGUUCCUCAUCCUGCCCAGACCCAGAGGUCUUCCUCAGAUCCAGGGCACCCACAUGAUAGUGUUCUGUCAGCACAGAGAAGCUUGGUUUGUCCUGUCCAGCAAGCAUAUGUAUCACUGGUAACCUCAUCCCAUCUGCCUCAGUUGCAAUGUAGGGAUGAGAGUACUGGUAAAGAACAACAUGUGAUGCCUUCUCCAGUCGUGCACCAGGCUUUUCAAGUCACGCCUACGCCUCCUGUGGGGUCUUCCUAUCAGCCUAUGCAAACUAAUGUGUACAAUGGACCAACUUGUCUUCCUGUUAAUGCUGCCUCUAGUCAAGAGUUUGAUUCAAUUUUGUUUCAGCAGGAUGCAGCUGUUCCUAGUUUAAUAAAUCUUGGCUGUCAACCACUGUCAUCCAUACCAUUUCAUUCUUCAAAUUCAGGCUCAACAGGACAUCUCUUAGCACACACACCUCAUUCUGUGCAGACCCCACCUCAUCUGCAGUCAAUGGGAUACCAUUGUUCAAAUGUAGGACAAAGAUCUCUUUCUUCUCCAGUGGCUGACCAGGUCAAGGGGCAGCCUUCCCCUCAAUUACAACCCAUUGCAUAUGGUCCUUCACGUUCAGGGUCUGCUACAACAGCUCCCCCAGCAGCCUCUCAUCCCCUGGCGAGUUCACCACUCUCUGGGCCACCAUCUCCUCAGCUGCAGCCUAUGCCUUACCAAUCUCCUAGCUCAGGAACUGCCUCAUCACCGUCUCCAGCCACCAGAAUGCAUUCUGGACAGCACGCAACUCAAGCACAAAGUACAGGCCAGGGAGGUCUUUCUGCACCUUCAACCUUAAUAUGUCACAGUUUGUGUGAUACAACUUCAUUUUCACCUGACGGAGCAACUAUAAGCAUUAAACCUGAACCUGAAGAGCAGGAACCUAACUUUGCAACUAUUGGUCUACAGGACAUCACUUUAGAUGAUGUGAACGAGAUCAUUGGGAGAGACAUGUCCCAGAUUUCUGUUUCCCAAGGAACAGGGGUGAGCAGAGAGGCUCCCCUCCCGAAUCCCGAGUCCCUGGAUUCAGGAAGACCCGACGGGCUCUAACCGUUCUCAACUGCAGCUUUGUGUCCCUAUACUUCUCUCCUUGGACCUGUUGGACUUCCAACUCUGCGGUCUUUGGGACUAGCACCAAGAGUUGAGGUCACCACUCGUGCGGAAAGCGUCAGUCCUCCGCCUCAGGCCUUGGGUAAAUUUUGUGAAAGAACAAGGAGCAGCAUAGGCUGUUUGAGCUUCGGGGAAAUGAGCUUUUGCUUUUUGUAUUUAAAUAGGAUACUUUUAUAUGAUGGGUGCUUUUGAGUGUGAAUGCAGCAGGCUCUCCGUUUCAGAGGUGCUGCUUUUGCAGGUGACCUGGUUACUUAGCUAGGAUUGGUGAUUUGUACUGCUUUUUGGUCAUUUGAAGGGCCUUUUAGCUUUGAUGAUGUUUUUAAAAUAGGAACUUUUGAUAAAACCUUCCAGAGGCAAACAAAAAGAAAAAAAUAUAUAUCCUAAGCCCAUGCCUGUGGCCUCAGAAACUCAGCAUGUGUCCUGAAGCCUUUCAUAGAUUCAUAGGAAGUAAAGCCAAAUGUAGCUCAUACCUCUUUAUAAAAGUAAACUGUUGUUAGAUAGAAUGAGAAGAGACCAUUCCAUCAUUGAAGUGUUGGAAUAUAAAGACAUUCCAGAGCAUAGCCUUUUUUGUAACUUUCUAGGUAACCUUCCUGCAGUCUCUCCAUACUGGCUCCAUGUUGAAAUUGCUUUUUUCCCGCAGGACCUUAGGUAAGAUGGCUACAUGUAAGGUGACUUUGAAAGGUGGGUUUCAGCUUGGUAGCUUUCCUUUCUUGCCAUCUUAGAAAUAAGUAGGCUGUGGAGUGCUCUUCCUGUUUGUAUCCUUUGGUCCCAGAACUUUUCCCAGGUGGGAGCACCAGCCUUUGUCUAUUCUGUCACCUUUGAAGCCAGUCUCAUGAUGGUUUAGGUAAUUUUGCUGGUUCUAACUGACCUCUAGAUGCCAGGGUGUGUCAGGAGCUAAGCACAUAUAAGCUAUGCUUCAGGACAGGAGUAGAGAAAAUGUAGGACUCCACAGGGAAACUUGUAAGAUUCACAGUGGCAUGGAAAGCUUCCCCCAUUCUGUUUACAGCCUGAAAUGAUUCUGGCCCACCCUCACUGGUCUGCAUGGCCUGGAAACCAACUUUUUCCCUAAAAGGCUUUGAGGCAAAUCUAGAAAUGAGGUGGUAUGACAGACCUAACCCUCCACACCAAAGAUGCCCUGGUGCUGCUGCUGGUGAGACUGGCACCCAAGGCAGGGGCCAGCAAGAAACCCCAGCCUGCUGUCUACCAAAGGAGGUACCCGAGGUGGGUACCUUUUUCAAACCCUGCCUUCACCCCUCCCCCUAAUGGGAUCAGUUACCUGUUCCAAGGCCUGGGCCUCUUUUAAAGCCCCUGAAGUGUACAGCCUGUUUUCAAAUGAAAUAACAUACGUUCACUUAUUCAGGAAGCAAAUUUAUUGAGUGCCUACAUGUGAGACAGUAUGGUGUGCUGGUCAAAGGCUUGGUAUUAUUACUCCAGGGGAUUGUAGGCCUUAGAUGCCAGGACUCUUUGCAGAACCUAAGUGAGGCCUGGGCUGAGGGAGCCUGUCUGUUGCUCUCUCUAGUCAGCCAGGUGGGACCUUUUGACCCAGGAUGAGGAAGUAUGGUCUUUUUUUCUUUUUGAAUCCAUGAUGUUUUAGAUUUCCCCCUUAAAACUAGUUAGAAAAAAAAGCCCUUCAGCAAAUCACUGUGGCCCCUCUUAGAGCUGUUGUUUUCAUUUUUUCUUUGAAAGUGAGUUUUGUAUCAAAGUGUGGAUAGUGAGAUUUGCUUCAGGGCCUGUGGUAGGAAGCCCACAGCUUCCUUGGCCCAGGUUAGUGGUAGGGGGCUGGCCUCUCUGAUGAAGUUCGAGAGAGAAGGCCAGACUUGCCUCCACGCUCCUGUCCCUGGUGUAGCUGCCUCACAUGGGGUUCUUGCAAGAACUCCCCUUGCAAGACCCUUUUGGGGGUUGCUCUGCUGCCCUCAAAAAUAAAAGCCUUUAUGAUCCAGAGUUGCUAUGCACCAAAUUUUGAUGCCUUUUAAAUACCUUGAUGCCUGUAGCACUAGAAAUGCUUUCCUAUUUAAAAUAAAAGUCAAAUUUUAAAAUACAGCUUUGUAUACUAUGUAAGCUGUUUUGUAUCGGCUUUGUAAAAGUUUUGGUGUAAGAGUCUAUUUUUUGGCGCUGUAGAUAAACGCUUAAAUUUUUGUGCAGCGUAGUGGUGUUAAAGCACACAUCAUCCAUUGGACUAUGCAAAUUGUUUUCCAGUAGCAGCACUGAGCAACGGGUCAUGUGAUAGCACCCAUCCCUUCCCUUCCAACCCAUGCUAGAUCUUGGGUUGAGGAAGGGGAUGAAUAGCCUUCAGCUUACUGGAGAUGCAGAGAAAUUAGACUGAAAGAACAGAUGUCUGAGUUCAUGUGUGGUGCUGCUGCCCAGUGUGCAACCCACCCACCCCCAGGACUUGCCAGUAGCACCAGAGCUCUGCUGGGCUUGGCUGUGAAGCCCUGCUUUUGAUAUUCAGAACAGACUGUCAUCGUCAAGAAUAAGAUGGGCUCAAGUUGAAACCUUGUAUUUUUUAAAAUGGAUAUUCAGUUAAGAACUGGUUCUCAGUUAUGUUUACAACACUUGGGAUUGUGUUUUCUUUUACAGUUUGUAUUUUAAAACCUUUUAUAGGAGUGCAGUGCUCCUUACACAAAUACAAAGGGAAGAAGAGCCAGCAGUUCAGGCUCCUCAGUUGUAGUGCUGAAAUAAUAAACGGUGAUAGGUCAACAGUCUCCUUU